ACAACUGGCUAAAGAACCAUCUUUCCUUAAUUCUACGUUUUUACAUAAACGGUUACUUGGCAACAUGAGAAAAAUCUCAACCAAUGAGAAUCGCUGAAAGUAGUCAAUUUAACGUCCAAAAGAUUUCAACUGUCGUUGCUAACACCAACAACAUUUAUUACCUCGUUAUUAACAAAAGAUAACGCCUCAAUCGUGACUCGUCGUCAUUUAUCUGAAGAGCUGACUGAAGCAUCUUGCAGAAUUUCGAUCAGCCAAAUGGUGAAAAUAGAGAAGGAUUUUCCAAAUACUCCAGAGCUGACUGAAGCAUCUUGCAGAAUUCCAAUCAGCCAAAUGGUGAAAAUAGAGAAGGAUCUUCCAAAUACUCCAGUAGGCUGUGCAACUGACCUUUCAGGAGAGCUACUCACACCGAAGACAGUGAAGGUGGACUCCACAUCCAUGACCAGCACCCAAACACCAAACUUCCCAUCAGGGACCUGUUUCCAGCCCUAUCAGCAGAUGCUAAACCAUACUGGAGCCUACUGCUUGCCUGUUGUUCCAGCCCCGUUUAUACAUGAUGGGACUCAACCCUGGUCAUCUUUGGCUGUGAACACUGUGCAAACACCGCAGCUUCCAACAGGAUCCCUGCAGCGCAGCACUCUGAACUGGCAGCUUCUGCACAACCCGCAGACCACCCCUGUGGUAUUACCACAAGGCUCUGCAGGUGACCUGAACUGCUGCCAGCUGCCUAACCCCACCUCCAGCAUCCCCCAGGAGGUAACAACCCCCACCAGAGAUCACAGACCCAAGAAACCUGUCAAGGAGGACUUACAGAAGAGGGCGCUCCGCUUAAUGAAGAACAGGGAAGCUGCACGGGAGUGCCGGCGAAAGAAGAAGGAAUAUGUCACAUGCCUGGAAAACCGCGUUGCAGUGCUGGAAAACCAGAACAAGAUUCUGAUAGAGGAGCUCAGGGCUUUAAGAGACAUCUACCAACACAAAGUGGAGUGACUCCCUCCACCAGGAGACUGUGUGGACUCUGUUUCUGCAAAAAUACUUCAUGAAACAAAGCAGCGUUCAGUGUGUUUACACCACAAUGUCAGUGUUUGAGUUUCGUAAUUAUACAACAAAAACAAGUCUUGUUUCAGAGUAAUCAGGGAGGAUGAUGAAGCAGAUUUCCAGAGGAGUCCGGACCACCUUUUUUUCCUUCCUGCAAAUCCAACUUGCUGCCGGAUCCAUGCUGCCAUCAUCCAAAGUUUUUAUUCUGACAUGACUGGGUUUACAGUUUGGUUCCCACUGAAAUAGUUUAGUAAUCAGUGGCGAAAAGGAGGUUGAAAUGCUGCCAGAAUCCACGUUUGUGUUUUUACGCUACUUCAGAAAUCCAGUGGGAUGAAUAUUUGCAGGAACAAUCGAUCAAAUAAAAAAAAAAAACUCACUGAGAUCUUCAUCCAUGUCAGGACGCGUUUGCUUCCAGCUGGUGGCAUUAUUAUUUAUUUGUUUGGGCCAGUUUGCCCACAUUUUUCAUCAUUUUCAGUAAGUGGGAGCUUGGUUAUAUUCUUACCUAACUGUUGUAAUGCAUCAUGCUUCAUGUUAUUUAUGUUCCUUUGGAUUUCUUCGGUCAUUUGUUCCAGAAAUUUAGCUGUUUCCUUCCUGAUGUCAAGCCAUGACCAGACCGUGUGGAAAGAGUUUAGACGUUUUUAACAUUUUUGCUUCAAUAAAGUCGUGGUUGGACUGGAGGAGAGGUCCUUGUG